AUGCCUGGAACGUACGAUGUGCCCCUUGAUGGGGCAAAAGAGCAAAUACGUCUGCUCGAGCUUCAGCCAGCAACAAGUCAGGAUGCGCCGAUAAACUGCAUUCCAAGAGUCGUGUCGCUCUCGGAUAAGCCAAUCUACAUCGCCUUGUCGUACACCUGGGGAGAUCCCGCCGACAAGUGCGACAUCAAAUUCGACGAUGACGUCGACUUCCGCAUUCCGAAGAAUCUCGAUGGGUUCCUUCGCCAGAUCCGAUCCAGCGACUCGGUCAAAGUUAUCUGGGCAGACGCUAUCUCUAUCAACCAAGCCACCAAGGCAGUAGAAAAGAACAACCAGGUUGCACUGAUGGACAAAAUCUAUUCGCAAGCCACGCAGACUCUCAUAUGGCUCGGAGGAGCAGCAGAUGACAGCGACCUGGCAAUGGACGCCAUCCACAGGCUACAUAUCGAUGACGUCUGGAACAUCACUGCCGACACAUUCAGCGAACAGGAGCUGGUUGCCAUCGUCGCAUUGCAAGCUCGCGGGUGGUGGUCUCGCACUUGGUAUCAGUGGAAGCCUUCGUUCACCUUGACGAUGUGA